UAUCCGGCUCACAUGUUGUAAUAGUUUGAUAAAAUAAUCUCGUGACGGUGAAUAAAUGGGUUUUCGUUAAAGUGGGCCAAUUAAAGACAUUUCUUCGAGGAUUUCAAAUGUGCGCAAUACUAUUUACCGCCGUGACAAGCGGGUGACAUUUGGGCCACGGGUAAAAUGAAUAAUGUCAGAUGACAGUUAUUUCAGUUGAAGAAUUCUACAUAACAUCAACGUAACAAAAUACACUGUGGAUGAAUUACUUGACGAUUUUAUUUUCCAGAUGCAGGAGCAAGAGCCAUAGGGCGUAUACGAGUUGCCAAAACCACCAGGAUGUCACUUGAGAACUUAGUAAUUACUCUCAAUGACUUUUGGCUGUGUUGGUGCCAGCGCACAUCAGAAGGCAAUGGGAGCGCUUUUGGAAUCGGGUCGAGAAUACGUCCCUUACCGAAUCAACACCGCCAUCUGAAACAUGCCCACGUCGUCUAGAGCCCCGCUGGACCACCAAACUCCCGAAGUGAAUAAACGACGGGAGAGCUUGAAAUAAUGAUGUUCCGACUUUAAAAAACAUUAAUUUAUAAUUUUUCCUAAAUGAAUAAAUAAAUUUCGACCGUUUUCGUCGUUUCUAUCCAAUUUUUAAAUGCCAUUUUUAUGACUCGCCCACGACGCUCGGCGAUUUCGGACGCCGCCGUGUUGUUGACAAUGGUGCCGCUCGCCGACCUCAGUUGAAGGAAUAACUCUAGAAAAUGUCUUGUAACUAUGCCGAGGGCCUCAGCAAGUACGAAAAUAAAGGGAAAUUGGGAUUACCCGAAAAAUUCGAUACCCCAGAAGAUGUAACUCGGAAGGUGCGGUUAUUGGCCGAAUGGGUGAAAGAUUCAAAACAUACAGUUUUUCAUACUGGUGCUGGCAUCAGCACUUCAGCCGGCAUACCAGAUUUUAGGGGCCCCAAAGGUGUUUGGACGCUAGAAAAACAAGGGUUGAAGCCAGAAAUUAAUAUAUCAUGGGACAAUGCACGACCAACACUUACGCACAUGGCGAUUUUAUCUAUGGAACGCGCUGGGCAUGUACAAUAUGUAGUGACACAAAAUAUUGAUGGACUCCACUUACGCUCUGGUCUCCAGCGUCAAAAAUUAGCUGAACUUCAUGGGAAUAUGUUUGUGGAUAAAUGCAAUUAUUGUCAGAGGCAAUUUGUCCGUAGCACAGCAGUUACCACCGUAGGCCAGAAAUCUGAAGGAUUAACUUGUCCAGGAAAACGACCAAAUGGCAGGUUUUGUCGUGGCAGACUGCACGACACCAUUUUAGACUGGGAGGAUGCCUUGCCUGAUGAUGACUUAGACCUUGCUAUAUCUCAUUCAUGUGCAGCAGAAUUAAGCAUUUGUUUAGGUACGACACUUCAGAUAGUCCCUAGUGGCAAUCUGCCUGUCGACACAAAGAAACGUGGAGGAAAACUUGUUAUAUGCAACCUCCAGCCGACCAAGCAGGAUAGACACGCUGACCUCAUCAUUAAUGCGUAUGUGGAUGACGUUAUGAAACAGCUCUUGGAAUUCAUAGGUGUUGAGCUAUUACCUUAUAAUCCAGACGAUGACCCAACAAAGAUAACUAAGCUGCUGGUGACGAACUACAGCAGUACUCAAGAUUCAUUGGCAGAAGAGGAGGAGAAAGAAGGUGAUCGCAGUGGUAGUAGUUAUAUUGAGCCAAUUGAGUGGACCAUACAAGAGAGUUGGGUCAGAGAUAAAGAUUUGGCAGAUAAGGUAAAAAGUAGGAAAGUAAUUAGAAAUAAGAGGCCAAACAAAAAUGAAGACGACAAGAGUUCGAUUGGGAGAAAGAAGAUUAAAACCGAUAUCGACAACAAUGCGCAAGUGGAUGAUUCAGAUAGUCUCCUGAAUGGCGAAGAAGAAAAGGUCGACAUUAAGGACAUAAAAGAAUCUGUGAAAGAAGAAGUGAAUCGCACAAUUGGAGAGUUGAAUGGUGUGGAAGACAUUAAGGGUGAAUGCAAAAAUGGGGAAACUAGGAUUAUAGUUUGUGAUUUAAAAAGUGCACUGAAGGAAGAAUGUCCACCUCUCUUGGAGAAAGUUACGGAAGGAGUAGAGGUGAAAGAGGAGAGAGAAAGACUGACAGUGGAAGCUCCAGUUGUUUAGGGUAGGAAUGUGUCUCAUUAUCUCGAGCAUCACAUUGUAUUCUCAUGUUAGGUCCUGUCAUAUUUUUGCAGGUUAUAACAUAUGGGUAGUGCCAACACAUUACGAAAAAAUGCCACAUUCCUCUCUCAUUUAUUCUCAUAAUUUCUUUAUAAAUGUCCUCAUUUUCAUGAAUCUCACUUUGCCAUGAAGGGACUCCAUUACUCAUCUGUCAUUAUCGGGUUUAUUAGUAGUUGUCAGUAAGGACUUGUAGAUAUUUUAUAUGUUGUAUUUAUAUCUAGUCUACUGUGAAUCUUGCUGAAGUUUUUAAUCAUCACUGCUGUUUGAUACAGGGCAGCUUAGUAGUACUUAAUUUUCCUUUGGUACAUAAUACAGUAUGUACUUCUCUUUAUAUUUAAUUUAUUUAGAAGCAAAGUUUACCACAAAUCACCAAUAUCAAAGUGAGUAGGGGAAAGUACAUCAAUCAUAAGUAUUUUUUACUCAACACCUAACCACGUGCAUUUAUAUUAGCCAGAAUUUGCUGUGACAAAUAUUUUGUUACCUCUGAUCUUUGGAGCACUGCUGUUAAUCCUCCAAGAGCAUUUAUAUACUCAUUGCUAGAGGUAGAGAUAGCUAAUUCUCUGGCAUUUAUUCUCCAUGGUAUAGGUGUUGCUGCUAAGAACCCUAAGCUUUUCACUAAUGGUUCAUGAGGAUUACUUGUUGCCAGAAUUUCUGGGGAGUUACUUUUCAUAGCGGACUAAUAGCACUGACAUAAUGGUGUUGUAGAUCAAUUAUUGAAAUAAUGUCUAGUCUAAAGUAGGCACUCUUCCUAAACAUGUUGUACCGAAGCAUCGAGCGGUACUUUAGUGUGUAAAGGUUGGUCAUUGGUUUCCUGGUGCCUGACAUGUUGUAUGUUACACCAGAGAGAAGGUUUAUUACAUAACACUCGUUCAUUCUAACAGUGAUACUUUCCUCCAUACUAGUGAACUGCUCAUAUAACUGGCAAGUUGACGACUAUCAAUUAUUGCUUUGAAGUAUGUUGAUGAGACCACUUAAUUACUUUUGAAGACUCGUGCAGAUUGCCCAAAGAAUGUUAUUUUAAACUAAAGAGGUGAAAAUUGAAGUUAAAGAAGCUAGACAGCUGUUUAGAAAGAGACCACAAGAAAGAAGGUAUGGAGAUGGUCUUUUCUUGUCUGCAUUUUAGGUAGGAGAAAAAUGAGUAGUAUUUGAUAAGUAAAUGACUGGUUCAGUUUUUAAUUAAAGAUAUAUCCCAUUCAUUUCCUGUAAGGCACAAUUGUUUUGUAUCAAAGACUUACUACCUACAUAUGUUAAGGAUGUGUUACCAUGUAAAUCUUAAUUAUUGUCUAGGUAAGGUCCUUUUUUUUUUGGUUAUUCAGUAGUUUACAACGAAGUAUAUAUUAACACAACAUUGUAUGUGCAAUUACAGCUUUUUUCAUGCCAUGUAUACAGUACUAAGCUUCCAAGGCACAAAAUUACAUUUUGGUAAUAUCCAUUUUUCAAGGUUUUGCUGUUUUUCUGUUUAUUUUUUACUGGGCUGCUUUCCCUGGUGGGGUCCUGGGGAUUGUAGCAUUCUGCUUUUCCAACAUGGGUUGCUGCUUGGCUCCUGUUAAUAAUAAUAAUAAUGGUAAUUGCAGAAGUAAAUUAAUAUAUGUAAAUUUGAGGGUGUGUAGGGAAAUUAAAUAUUUUUCACCAUCAUGCUGGACUAACAAAAUAUUUUAGAGUUUGAAAUUUGGUAAUUAAGAUAUGAUAAAGGAAGGCUUGAUUAACUGUAAAAAUGGUAUCGUUACUUUUAAAAAGGGUCUCUUCUUCUGCUGGAUGUCCAAUACCCACAUUAUACACAUCCAGGAUUGAAUGACCUCCUGGAGGAAAAGGUUAGGUUAGAUGUGAUUAUCUUGGAAGGUAAAUGGCACGUCCCCAUUUAAUGCAGUAGCUCCUACGUCCAGCCAGACCUUGAAACUCUAGGUCAGGUCUUUGUUUAUGUAAUGAUUGAUGUGUUUCUCUGAGUAAAGUAGCCAGUGUGGAGAAGGGUAAGCUCGAUGCUGAAUGUUCAUUGUGGACAUACUAGCAGUUGCAUUUCCAUGGAGGAGUAUAGGAAUAAAAAAAGCUUGUGAAUGGGAAGCAAUAUUUUCCAAUACAUACACCAAGGAGGGAUUUUCAAUGCAUUCAUUGUGGUAGGUCACUUUCAUGUUCUAGUGAAAAAUAUGAGGUAGCUAAAGCACAAGCAACACAUCAUUGUUGUGUACCAAUCUUACAGUCCAGUGUUUGUUUAUUUUGUAUUAUAAUACGAACGUAAACUCUACCCUUUACCUUUUUUUAAUCUUGACUUGCCUCUGGUAAUUCAAAUCUGAUGGCCACUUUUGUAUAAUUUUUAUUCAGCAUUGUAUACCAGUCAAUCACUUGUGGACAUUACCACCCGCCAGUUUUAAGAAUUCAGACAUGAGAAAAACUGGAGAGAACAUCCAUCCUUUUUGCUGUGAUUGUGGUUGCUAUUGAUGAUAAGGGAUUUACUUCUGCCAUCUUCAUAGUAAAAAAAAAAAAAAAAAAA